CCAGCUUGCGCCGGAAUUACCGGGGUUCUCCCCAGCACCGGAAGUGAAACUGGCGGGUUUGCCUUCAAAUUCUCGGUGAGUGGAAGCAGCGCCCUGAGGCUGGUGACGGUUGGACCAGGCAGUGCUGGGUCCGUGAGCACAAAACAGGGUGGUUGGGGCAGGACAGGGCAGGCCCUCCUUCCUCGCUGCCCGGAGCCCCGCUCGGCCCUCCCGCUCCGCCUGCCGCUGGGCGGUUUCCUGAGGAGCCUCGGAGACACAGGAAUUUUAUCUGACUAGAAAGAAGUAUCCAGGACACGGAACCGUCAAAGAAGGCCUGGAGUGACUUCUGUGAAUUUUGGAACAUUGAGCCCUGGCCCUCAGAAAUACAAAAGAACAACCUAUAUAUAACUUAUAAUUGAGCAUGAGUCUUCUUAUGAUUAGUGAGAAUGUAAAAUUGGCCCGUGAAUAUGCAUUGCUGGGAAAUUAUGACUCUGCAAUGGUCUAUUAUCAGGGAGUUCUUGAUCAAAUGAACAAGUAUCUAUACUCAGUCAAAGAUACAUACCUCCAGCAGAAAUGGCAACAGGUUUGGCAGGAAAUAAAUGUGGAAGCUAAACACGUUAAGGAUAUCAUGAAAACACUAGAAAGCUUUAAACUAGACAGCACUCCAUUAAAAGCUGCACAGCAUGAGCUUCCAGCGUCCGAGGGAGAAGUCUGGUCCCUGCCUGUACCUGUUGAACGAAGACCCUCACCAGGACCUAGAAAACGCCAGUCGUUUCAGUACAGUGAUCCUAAACCACAGAGUAACCGUCCAAGUACAACUGUCAGAAUUCACCGUCCAUCUGCACACAGUGUUCACAAUGACAGAGGGAAAGCUGUUCGUUGUCGGGAAAAGAAAGAACAGAAUAAAGGAAGAGAGGAAAAGAACAAAUCACCUGCUGCAGUUACAGAACCAGAGACAAAUAAAUUUGAUAGUACUGGAUACGAUAAGGACUUAGUAGAAGCUUUGGAAAGAGAUAUAAUUUCUCAGAAUCCCAAUGUUCGAUGGGAUGAUAUUGCUGAUUUAGUAGAAGCGAAAAAGUUGCUUAAGGAAGCUGUGGUGUUACCAAUGUGGAUGCCAGAAUUCUUUAAAGGCAUUAGGAGACCAUGGAAAGGAGUGCUGAUGGUUGGCCCACCUGGCACAGGAAAGACCCUCCUUGCUAAAGCAGUAGCUACUGAAUGCAAGACAACGUUCUUCAAUGUCUCUUCAUCAACUCUGACUUCCAAAUACAGAGGAGAGUCUGAGAAGCUUGUUCGUCUUCUGUUCGAAAUGGCUCGAUUUUACUCUCCAGCCACCAUAUUUAUUGAUGAGAUAGAUUCCAUUUGUAGCCGCAGAGGGACUUCCGAAGAGCACGAGGCAAGCAGAAGGGUGAAAGCCGAGCUGCUGAUUCAGAUGGACGGUGUUGGAGGUGCUUCUGAAAAUGAGGACCCUUCCAAAAUGGUUAUGGUUCUGGCAGCUACUAAUUUUCCCUGGGAUAUUGAUGAGGCUUUAAGACGACGUCUUGAAAAAAGAAUCUAUAUUCCAUUGCCAUCAGCGAAAGGCAGGGAGGAGCUAUUACGAAUAAGUCUACGUGAGCUGGAAUUGGCUGAUGAUGUUGACCUUGCAAGUAUAGCAGAAAACAUGGAAGGUUAUUCAGGUGCGGACAUUACCAACGUGUGCAGGGAUGCAUCCUUGAUGGCAAUGAGAAGGCGUAUUGAAGGUUUGACCCCAGAAGAAAUCAGAAAUCUUUCAAGAGAAGAAAUGCACAUGCCUACAACUAUGGAGGAUUUUGAAAUGGCUUUAAAAAAGGUUUCUAAGUCAGUAUCUGCUGCAGACAUUGAAAGAUAUGAGAAGUGGAUAUUUGAGUUUGGAUCAUGCUAAAUUCUCACAUGUAAACUGUGAGAAACCUGUUUGAAUAACAAUUAAAAGUAGUAUGUCAUUGCAGCAAGCGCUAUAUUUUUUUAAAUUUUCAUAAUGGUAAGAGUGAAAAAAAAGUAUGAUUCUGAAUAAAAGAAA